AUGCGCAGCGAACAUUCAGCGUCGUAGAUCGCCGGCGGACAUGUCGUCGUCUCUCGUCAGGAGGUUGGCGUUGCUCUGCCGAGGCAGGCAGAUGAUCCGCCGCCACGGCGGAGGCGAUCUCCGGCUCGCCACGGUGUUGGACUCGCGGCGAUCGUUCGCAACCUCCGGCCGGCGGCGUGGAGCAAAUGAGGACUUUGUGACACGGUUCAGAGAAAACAGGGGCUCCAGCAGUAGCAGCAUUAUCAGCACAGGUGACGCAGCACGACCAGCAUCUCUGGGACGACCUCAGCAGGGUGGAGAUCGAGCUCCACUGCCGUUCUUUACCUGGUAUUGGGCAAGAUUGGCGAUUGGUUCAGUUGUUGCUGCCACGGCGCCGUUCGUGCACUCGAAAUGGGCUUCGUUUCUGCGAAUCCAAAGUGAGGUGGAAAUGGUGAAGGACAUGGCGGAGACGGCAGCGGAGGUGGUCGAAGAUGUGGCUGCCGCAGCGGAGAAAGUCUCAGCGGAGGUGUCCGGGCAGCUGCCUGAGGACGGAAGGCUGAGGCAUGCGGCGGUGCUUGUUGAGCACGCGUCCCAUGAAGUGGCGGAGGAGGCUCGUCUUGCUCAAGACAUCAUCCACAAGGUGGAUGAAAUCGAAGAGGAAGUGAAGGCAAUGAUAGAACCGAUUGCUGACCAGGCCAAGCAUAAGCGGAAGUAAAUACGGUAUCCGGAAGUACAGAUUUCAUUCAACAAUGCGUGCUUGCAACAGAAUAUUUACGAGUCCUUGGGCGUGUAAAUUCUGCAUUAAUUCAUGUUUGCCACUUUUCUAUUUACUACAACCAAAUUUCAUCUAAAUCUGUAAUUAUUUUCCUGGUGUGGUGGGUUACUCGAUUUUUCAGCAAGAGAUGUAUAAUCAGAACGAAGACAUAUAUAGCAACGCAAUCUCGUUAUAGAAAAACGAAUCAGCUCAAAUUCUCAAUACAUAAGCUUCUCAGCCUCGAAUUAAUAAUUAAAUUAACGAAUCUCAAAUGGAACAGAGUAGUACAAAAUAUCAACACCAGCAGCGCAAGAGCAGAGCAGCGACAACAAAACCAAGCUA